AUGUCAACAGCAUCAGAGGAAAAAGACUUUAUCGUGGACCGCGCUACGCGACCCGAUAAGCCUGGUACCUUAGGUAAAGAGGUCAUGAUAAAGGCCAACUUCAUAGGCGUAACAAAGUUUAAUUAUCCCGAAGUGCAUUACUAUUCUUUUGAAAUCGUUGACCAAAAGAAAAAAAAAGCGGGUAGAAAAGAUUCGGACAGGGUAUUUAAACAAAUGAAAGUGACCAAAGCAUUUGGGCCAAAUACUUUUCCAACUUUUGACGGUGGUCAAGUAUAUUCACCAACUGAACUUGCAAUAGGCCACAGUAAACAAACAAGGAGUCAUGAUAUUACAGUUCCCGUGGAAGCUGAUGGUUCAGGACGUGAAAAAGUUUUUAAAGUCGAAAUCAAACAUCAAGGAACAAUCGUCCUAACUCCCAUUGGAGAUUAUAUUAAAGAUGAUUCAAAAACUCCUUGGGAUGGUAGUAUCCAAAGUAAUCUUACCGUUUUGAAUGCCUUCGCAAAUAAUAAAGUUCGAUCAGAGUACUUAUCUGUGGGAAAAAAGGCCAUAUUUCCACCACCUUCUCGCGAUAACAGACCUAUUUAUUUGCCAGGAGGCAUUGAAAUGAAGCAAGGAUUCUAUCAGUCAAUAAGACCUGGAUGGGGCAGACUUGUAAUAAAUGUGGAUAUAUGUGCUACCACUUUUUAUCCAGCGGCACCUAUAAUUGAUAUUAUACCCAAAAUCGUUAAACAUCCUCGCGACAGACAUGAAAAAUCAAGGGAUGAUUUACGUCGAGGACUUGAUCGAAAAGAAAUUGAUGUUCUUAAUUGGUAUCUUAAAGGCGUCAUGAUGUUUGUGACUCACAGAUCAGAUAAUCGCAAACCAAAAUAUAAGGUUUCUUAUGUUGAUCAUCAACCAGCUGAUCUAGCUAAAUUCAGGCAAGGCAAUAAAGAGACCACGGUUGCAAAAUAUUUUAAAGAAAAUUAUGGACAAUCCUUGCAAUUUCCGCGGUUACCGUGUAUUGUCGUAGUUAAACCACAAGACAAAUCAAAAUCAUAUUUUCCUAUUGAAGUUUGUGAAAUCGUUCCCGGACAAAAAUUUGAAGAUAAACAAAUGCCUGAUGAUGCUCGAAGAGAAAUGGUCCAAAGAACCGCCGUUAAACCAUGGGAUAGAUUUGAUCGUAUCGAGGGAGCUAUUAAAAGAAUCUUUAAACACAACGACGACGAAAACUUGCGCUCGAUCGAUUUGGUUACAGAUCCCGAAUUUAUCAAACUUAAAGCUCGCGUUCUCCCACCACCAAAAUUAACGUCUAAUGGUGCGAAUAUUAACCCACAAGGGGGACGAUGGGAUUUGAGAAGAUUUACUGACUGCCCUGAUAUCUAUAAUUGGUCUGUAAUGGUGUUUGAAAACAGAAGUUAUUUCCCUCCCGAAGUAGUAAGAAAUGCAAUGAAACAACUACGUAAUUCUUUGCACGAAAAAGGCUUAAAUGUCUCAACAGAUCCUUAUAUCGAAUAUGGCAGUCCACAUGGCGAUUAUGAAAAAUCAUUAGCGCUCGCUUACCAAAAAGCUCGGAUAAAAAAAGAUAGACCACCUCAGCUUAUUGUUUGUAUAAUUCAGAAAAAAGUUUUGGGAGCAUCAGGCAUUCACGCCCAAAUUAAACGUAUUUGUGGUACAAUACUUGGCGUGGUUUCGCAAUGUAUUGUUGCCAACAACAUGAAAGGUCCGAAUCCAAAUCGUUGGAGACAAAUCUGCGGUAAUAUUUCUCUGAAAGUUAACGGAAAAUUGGGUGAAAAAGGACGGCCAAGUGUUGCCGCAGUUUGCGCUUCAAUGGAUAAAUCUGUUACUAGAUACGUAGGCCGAUAUAGCAUGAAUCGAAAAAUAAGAAAUGAAACCAUCGAGAAUCUCGAAGGGAUGGUGACAGACUUGAUAAAACAAUUCCAACGAAGAAACGAUGUACUGCCUUUCCAAAUUGUGUUCUAUCGUGACGGUGUCGCUGAAGGUCAAUUUGAACACGUUCUCCAUGAGGAAGUUAAGGCACUAAAACGCGCCUUCGAUCGAAUUUACGGUGAAAAAGACACGAAACCACAAUUAACAUUUAUUAUUGUGCAAAAACGUCAUCACGCACGAAGCGGUAAUUGCCAACCUGGAACUAUUGUGGAUACUGAAAUCGUGGUACCUCAGGAGUUUGACUUUUAUUUGCAGUCUCACGCGAGUCCUCUAGGAACAGCUCGGCCAACGCAUUAUCAUGUAUUGUUAAAUGAAGCCAAAUUUCCAGUUGACGCUAUACAGACUUUAACCUACAAAUUAUGUCAUUUAUCUGUCAGAUGUAAUCUCACCAUAUCUCACGUGACUCCCGUUCAUUAUGCCCAUCACAUCGCAAAUCAAGCCAAGCAUUUCGUUAUGUGGGACGGUGCUAGUAGUGGAAGAUCCGAAUAUGAUGUAUUUCGUUUAGAGAGAGGAGUGCGUAUUAGUAGUAUAACUUAG